AUGAGUCGCCACACUAAGGCCCUAUUGGGCAAAGGAAAAUUAGAAAAAAAAGAUAAAUUUUCUAGUCCUGCUCUCGAGUGUUCAAAUUGUAGAGGGUUUAUUGAUAAUAUCUGGCCAUCGUUAACCGGCGAGGUUCUUGUAGUUGUUGGAUGCAUCAGGAAUAUAUCAUGGACUUACGAAAGUGGUUCGAACUCUAGACCAGCUGUUUCAGAAAGUAAAUCUAUUUCGGACGUGGUGGCGUGUGUUACAGAGCUAAAAAAAACAAUUUAUCGGACCAAUUUACAAAGCUCCAUGUUAAAACAUCAAUUCUCUGAUUUGCAAAAACAGUUGAAUUCAGCAGUUCGUUCUGAUACUGAAGAUAACAAUGUUGUGAACCCAUGGAAUAACGUUGGUGUUACUACCGAUGAUAUCGUUAAAACUGGUAUUGCUGCUUCAGCCAUUAUUAAUGCUAAUGACCAUAAUCAAAAAAACAACGGCCCUUGUCCCCAGCAGGCCUUAAGUGGUCAAGGGGUGCCAAGAAUCCCUGAAAAGUAUGCAAUAGCGGAGGGAUGUUGCAGAAAAAUUCAGAAUGGCCCCUCUAUGGUACUUAUACUUGGAAAGCUCAAUGUUGGAUCACUGACUGGCCACAGCAUGGAAAUCGCAGAAAUGCUCGAGCAUAGAAGGAUUGACAUCUGCUGCCUUCAGGAAACCCGACGAAAAUCGAAUGGUGUCUGUCAUGUCAACUCAGACAAAGAAAAAUAUAAACUAUUCUGGAAUGGUCGAAAGACGGCCAAAAAUGGUGUUGGAAUUUUUGUCAGAGAACCGCUAGCCCAAGAAGCGAUCUCAAUGGCCACGUUGGAGAGAAAACAGAUGGUUUUCACAACGUGCAUGGCGGUUUUGGCUAUGGAAAACGGAAUGAAGAUGGCAACCGCAUCCUUGAGUUUGCUGAAAGUCACGGGUUUUGUUUACUGA